AGGAGCGUUCGCAAUUCUUGGAAGGAAACCAACUGGCUCGCCUUCUAAUUAAUAUGGCACUGAACCGAUUGAUCAGCGACCGCGCCCGCGAUUGGGGCCGGCUUCCUUUCCGAAACGGCCACAAGGCCUUGGAAUCAGGUCCGCGGAUCACUGUAAUCGGGGGCGGCACCGGGUUGCCCAGCCUGAUCCGCGGCAUCAAGUAUUAUUCCCACAACAUCACGGCUAUCGUUACCAUGGCCGACGACGGGGGCAGUUCCGGCCGCCUGCGCAGCGAACUCGGCAUCCAGCCCCCCGGCGACAUCCGCAACUGCCUGGUCGCCCUCGCUGACUCCGAGGAUGUGAUGCAGAAGCUGAUGGACUACCGCUUCUCGUCCGACGGACAACUGAACGGCCACAGUUUCGGCAACAUGCUAAUCGCUGCCCUGGCGGAGAUUGGUGGCGACUUUUCCCGUGCGGUGGAAAUCGCCGGAGAGUUGCUGGCCAUCCGGGGACGGGCGCAUCCCGAGGCCGUGGCGGCACUGAAGGACGCGGACCUUGUAAUUAUCGGACCAGGGAGCCUCUACACCAGCAUUGUCCCGAACCUGCUGAUCCCGGGAAUUGCCAACGCGGUGGCAGAGUCGAAGGCCCUGAAAGAUCACGCAGACGUCGUGCGACGCUACACCGGGCCGGAGUCCCUGCACGCGGUGAUUGCCAACAGCAACAUUCCCGACGCCCCCACCCCGGCGGGUCUGGAUUUCAUCAAACCGGAAAGGCCCUGGAAUGACGGGACUCUGCUGAUUGAGGCAGACAUCUUGGACCAGGAGGCCACGGCAAGGCACGACCCCAGGAAGUUGGCCCUGACGGUGGCAGAGACGUAUCGCCGCCACCGGGGAAAACGGCGGCGUCUUCCCCGGGCGACGCCCACAUCUGCCGUUUAUGGGACAGGAGAGCGGAGCCUGCAGUCCCAGGCCCUCUGCGGAGACUAA